AUGAACGAAGAAGAAGAAGCCAAAUUGACAGAACUAAAUAAGAAAAUUUUGGAAAUAAAAAAGAAAAUCCAGCUUUCAGAGGGUCAAAGACGAGCCCUUUUCGAAGACUGCGAAGCCGAAAGGAAAUUUAACGCUGACGAAAUUUUAAAAUUGAAAAAAGAAAUUUCCAAUUUGAUUGUCGUUUUGCACCAAAGCAAAAGCCCAGUGGCGAAAUAUCGAAUCAAAAAUAGGCGAUUAGAAGAAAUCGUAGGGCCAUUAACAGAGAAAACCUGCAACCAAGUCAAAGAAGUUUUGGACUUGCACAUCAUCGACCUAGGCAAAAAGUUGGAUCUUUUGAUUUACAGAAUCAAAAAGAGGCGCAAAUAUAUGGCCCAACUUGGAGCCGAAUAUCAAAAAUUGGCCAGCCGAUUUGAGAAAAGAGAACUCACCAUUAAAGUCGAUAGACCUGUGAAAAAGUCUACUAGUGAAAUCCAACACAACAUCCACGCAGUUGAAGUGCAAAUUCGCGAAGCAGUAUACAUUAAAAACAAGUACGCCGACAUACGGAAAUCAUUAAAAGACGAUGCUUCAAAAUUUGAAAGUAGAAUCAAGGCUUUAGAAGAUGAGCUGCAGCUUCAGGGCAGCGAUGUACAAAAACUACAAAAGAUAAUGGAAGAAGCUACAAAACGUAGAGGUAGAGCUAGAGGCCUCCUCCUAAAAGAAGAAAAACUAGCUUCUUUAGCUGCCAAUCAAAGAGAACAAGAAUCUGCCGAAGGACGACGACUGGUCAGCGAAAGAAAGGUUGAAUUAGAAAAACUCGAAAAACGCCUAUUUCUUAGUGGUAAACUGCCACUGAGGCCAGAACCUGAAGGAGCAGAAGCCGACGUUGAAGACGAAAAGUCCUCAACCCCUCCACAUCCGGUAGAAUCAAAAGCGCAAGAGUUUGAGCAACUGAAAAGAGCAACUGGAGGUACAUCCACUCAAGAAGUAUUGAAACGUUUCGAGGGCCAAAGGGAAACUCAAAAUCGGCUCAACGAGCUCCGAUCAAAGUCAGAAAUUGAAAAAAGAACCAUAGAAAGAAAUAUUGAAGAUCUAAAAACCAAGCUGGAUGGCUAUAAGUAUUCAGAAUCGCAAGAUGCUGAAAAAAAGACAACCGAAAUGGACCGAAUUCAAGCUGAGAUUCUACGUCAACAAGCCUUGUCUGAAACUUACAAGGAAGAAAAAGCCUCAAAGGAACAGGCAAUUACUAGCGUUUUAUUAAGUUUACACGGUUUCAGACUAUUGGCUAAUCCUUUGUCGGUGCCAGAAAACGAUCCCGAAAAAAUGCUAAAAGCCAUUUUCAAAGACAUCGAAAACGUUGUUAGAAAAUAUGAAAGAUUUAGAAUGUCAGACAAAGGAGAAGAAGGAGCGGAAAACAUUGAAGACGCUCUGCCAGCUCCAUAUAGUGGACUCAUCCGCAGGACGCCUUUACCGCAAACGGUCGGCAGUCCUAGUCCAGUACCACAACCAGGGUCCGAGGACGAAGAAGAAGUACCGUCGAGGGGCUUUUUGAAGCGACAAGCUCAGCUCGUCAUUGAUGCUAAAUCGAGAAGACGGAAUCUGAGGAUUCAGUUACCGAAAAGGAAUUGAGAGAUUGAAAAUGCAGAACUUUGCAACCAUAUUUGACUUUGCAAUUCAGAUCUUUUGACAAAAAAUAAUAAGCUACUGCCAUAGUCAUUUUAGAUAGGACUUUUAUAUAGGUAGCGUUACCUCAGUUUUCAAGAUAGGUACUUUGGAGACACUAGACUUUCGAAUUUGACGAUGCAAUUAAAGUGUGAAUGAAGAAGGACUAUUUCACCUAAAACAUGCGGAAAAAAAUACUUUACCGCACACUACACAGGAUAUCCUAUCCUUAUAAGCCCUGUGUAGAACAAAUAUCAGCAUGUCGUGUCUUGCCUUGAAGUAAGAUGUUCGCACUACAGGAUUACGCAUACUUGGGUUUUAGUCUGAGGGUUUUAGUACAUUAAUUAACAUUCUAAAACAAUCCUUUUAUUUAUAUUCUCAACCUUUUCUCAACUGCGACCAAACAGCUAACAACACCAUUGAUGACGUCGCCAACGGUGCAACACCAAAAAUCGAGGUCGAUGGAGCAAUCCUGUAUUUAGUAGUGUGUAAUAAAUAUCCUUGUGAGAAAUAGUUGUUGGCGAUUUGUACCAAUCAAAAACGCUAUGAUUUGUAAUUUCUGUAAGAACGGACGAGGUACCCUAGCUUCAUUACCUACUAUGCGGUAAAGUAACUUUACCACAUAAGUGUGCGGUAAAGAGCUGCUUGCCAUUUGAAAAUAAGUGCGGUAAAGUGCACUUUACCGUAUGAUGGUUUUAAAAUAAGCUAUUUUGA